AUGUAUCUGCUCGAGGCCAAGAAGAAAGCCGAGCGCGAGGAGAAGGAGCGCGAAGCGCGCGAACGUCGCCGCGCAGAACGUGACCGCCGGCAUCAACCGCGAGAAUCGCCGGCCGCCUCUGAAGCUAUGCGUGCCCAUCAACAGGCCGAGAUUCAGCGGCAGGAGCAAGCUAUGCUCGUGGAAGCCAUGCGUCAAUCCAAGCUUCAAGCUGAAGCAGAUGAGAGGCGCCGCCAGGCUCACCAAAACCAGCAGCCACGUGCUGCCCUGCCUGGCCGCUCCCCGGGACACGCAGCGGGACAUGCCGCAGCUCAGGCCCGCUCACACUCUCCACGAAGCCGCUCACCCAACCCGCCCCACAAUGGAUCAGCCCCGCUGAGGGCUGCUGAUAUGCCUCGCCCAGAGCGCCUCACCACCCCUAACCAUGGCCAGCGCCCCACGGCACGCUCCACUUCGCCCCGUGCCAAUGUUCAACCCCUCUCCCGCGCCCCCAUGGACAUGGCCUCGCCUCACUCGGGGCAGCGAUCCAACCCCCAUGCCGCCGCUCCUUCCCCGCGCCCCAGUCCAAGUGCUGCCCCAGACACCGCACAUGAGCAUGUCCAGCAGGCCGAGGCCAACUGGAAGGACGUGCGCAUUCCCUGCCACUACGUCGGUACUUUUGAAGUCGGCUCGGGUGAGGUGGACCGUGGAAUGGUGAAAAAGGGCGUUGAGGUCAUGGAUGAAUAUGCUGCCAACGCACGACCCACUGACUUUCUGAUGACACUCAAGGGCAUCCGCAUUGUCGACAAGACGAACCAGCAAGUGGCCAUGGCCCAUGCUCUGCAACGCAUUUCCAUGUCUUCCAUCGUCAGCGAGAAACGACUUUUUGGCCUUGUGGCUAAAAAUCCGGGCACCAAGGACAAGUAUUGCCAUGUGUUCAAGAUGGCACGAAGCCAACACACCGAGACGGCCCAGGCUUUGCUCUCCAAAGCGUUUAAGCUAGCCUUUGCAAAGAACCGCAGUCUCAAAGCCAUGCCUUCUGGUGCCAACGCCGCCGCAAGCCCCGCCCCAACUGGGCCGCCCGCCGCCGCGCAACCCCGGCCACAGCCCUCGGCGCCCAAUCAAGAGGAUCAUCGUCGCUGGGCCAAGCAAAAUCAGCUCGUUGGCCUGCGUCAGGUUCAAGAGAGCUCGCGCCACCCAUCCCCAGCCCUGUCGCCGGCUGAGCACCAACCCAAACCCCCAACCGCUCCGACGGAACAACCAGCCGCCGCACAGCCCAGCGAACGCAUUCAGGUUCAUCGAGGCCGAGAUUUGGCCCUACAACCGGUGCUGUCACUGGACGAUGAACAAGACGACAUGGGCCUUGGAGAAAACUACUUGCAAGAGGCACCCUGGUAUCAAGCGGGGCUACCGCGCGAAAUCGCCGUGGAGCUUUUGGCCAUGAGUGAGGACGGCGCCUUCAUCGUGCGCGAUAGCCAGAGUCAAAAGGGCUGCUAUGCUUUGACCAUGAAAGCCCAUGGCGAGAUUAAAAACUUUAUCAUCAAGGCCAUUCCCGAGGGCUACAUCAUUGGUGCUGCGGCGGACGGCGAACGCCCUUACGCCUCCUUGGCUGAACUCAUUCUGGCGCAUGCCGAACGACGUGGUGUUUUGCCCAUGGUGCUGAGCCUCGACACUGACAACAAGCUGUACAACGAGGCCAACGGCGCCGGCGCCGGAGAUGAAGAGGAGGAAAGUUAUGUCCAUCCCGAUUACCAGUCUGUGUUGCCGCUAGCUGACAUGUUGGGCUAA